GGGAGAUGACGCCGGGUGAAGGCUGCUGAGAGCCUGCCCAGCCCCGCCGCAGGCCGAGCGGGUGGCCGCGCACUCGGGCUCCGGCAGCAUGGACGUGACCGUGGAUCUGUACCUGGCCGUCCCGCUGCUCUUCACGGUCCUGGCCAUCGUCCUCGCCUCGGUCUUUGUGAAGCUGCGGGGAGGCGAGGGGCAGCGGGCGGCGGAGCGGCAGCCAGAGCCGGGCAAAGCGGAGCCGGGCAAAGCGGAGCCGGGUAGAGAGGAGCCGAGCUCGGCCGCCGGGGGCGAAGCGGAGCCACAGGGAGCGGCCGAGGGGCCGGGGGUAGAAGGGAGCCGGGUGCCGGUGGAGGAGGUCGGGGCGGGCGGCGAGGAGAAGGAGAAGGAGAAGGAGGAGGAGAAGGAAGAGAAGGAGAAGGAGGCGGCGGUGGCCGAGCAGAAAUCCGCGGCCGAGCGGAGCCCCGAGAGCAUCCCCCGCCCGCCGGCCGCCGCCGAACACCGGGAGCAGCAGCAGCAGGAGGAAGAGGAGGAGGAAGAGAGCAAGGAGGAAGAUCCAGACUCAGACAGUGAGAAGCUGAUGGUGAAAGAGACGGAGGAUGAUGAUGCUGCAGAUGAGACGUUCUCUUUUAAGUACAGUCCUGGAAAGCUGAGGGGAAACCAGUACAAGUCAAUGAUGACCAAAGAAGAACUUGAGGAAGAACAAAGGAUUGAGCUGACCUCUGAUCUCACAUCUCUGUAGCAAGUACCUUAGGUCCUCGGCCACAAACAUUCUUGCAAAUCUGUUUGAACUGAAGACUAUAUGAAGUUGUCCCUAGCCUCCUCCUAAAGAAAUCCCUUGGCAUCUUUAAAGGCUUGAGAGAAAUACCAAAACCAACCAAACACACCCAUAAGAGAAUCCAUAAGCCCUCAAAACUUGGCAUCCCUCUUGCUCUGAAGUUGAGUUCUUCAAAAACUCCUGUGGUAUCAAGUUUAAGGAGAUCCUUGUGUGUCUCCAUGGACUGGGGCUGGGCCCAAUGAGUGACUUGAGUUGUGUUUGGGGGGGCUGGGAUAUCCUACGUUAACCUUUCUCCCUCUCCUUCAAACAGAACCCAAAUUGGAUACCAAAUUUGCAGCGAGCCUAUUAGUUUUGUUCACUACCACGUAUUAGCCCUGCCAUGAAGUCAGUGUUGUUUCUUUAGAGGGGUGGGUGAACUGUAGCUCUUCUCCCAGACUGGCCUGGAUCUUGUACCAGACUACCAAGUUGUUUCUUCUUAGAGCCAAAUCCUUCCUGUGCUGCUGGGGAGUGGGAACUGACUGAUCUCAAACACUGUGUGACAUUACUUUAUUCCAAAGGGUGGAGGUACGAAGUGGGAUCAAAGUAAGGGAGAGAAGAUGUUAGCUGACUUAAAUCUCACUUCUGUAGUUAUUUUAGCAAAGAGCUGAUCUUGCAGGUAGAUGGAAGACUGGAGGAGUGAUGAAGGUUGAUAGCUUAGCUGCUCAGUUUGUGGUGAAGGCUUCGGAGACCACACUUUGACUGUUGUUAUCCGGAUUCACGCUUCCCCGCUCUGUUCCCAAGAGAUGAGACCCAAGGAGGUAGCUAUGGCACUGUGAGCUCCCACAGCUCAGCAUGAGAUUAGGGGGGUCCUGGAAGAGACGCCCUCCCCAUUUCUCUGCCCGCUUGCUAUCCCAUUGCCCUCUUUUCUUGCGAGCCCAGUGGCUUGUCCACAGGAGCCACAUCUCAGCACCUCUCCUCAGCUCCGUCAGGGGAUGAAUUUGGCUAUGUGCACAUGCCUGCUCCAGGCACAGCAGGCUGCGAAUGAAAGCCAGCUGGUCUGUGAGAGUGAGAAGAGGGCCCAAGUCCUCUAGUGAUGUUGCAGAAGCACCAGGCUGGCUGGGAUCGCGUCCUUCAAGUCUUCUCUCACUGCAGGACAGCAGCCUCUUGGCUAAAGCUGCAAACAUAUCAGAAAACCAACAGGCUGCUUUUUCUAUUUUUUUUUCUUUCCUUUUUAAUUCCUAUGCAGACGAUACUUGAAACCUUGUACACAGUUGUCCUUUCCAGCGCCUGGGGUUGGCAAGUUCUUAAUAAAAGGGCUCGUUUAAAGAACAGCAGGAGGCUUCAGCUUAGAAGAGGCUGGGCUGCCCCUUCCCAGCCAACAACUGCAAGCGUCUUCAGUGGUUUGCAUACGAAUUUAGGCACACCCUCUGCUUCAACACCCACUAGUACAGCUGCUGUCUCCCUUUGGUGCUGGCUAGCUGACUCUGUGUCCCAAGCACCCAACUAUGCAAAGAAUGCCUUAUAUACAUUGUGUUUGUUACAUGGCAAUACGUACAUCCAGCAAAGUCUAUAGCUGAGUCCAGAUUUUUGCUAGUGGCAGCGAGUCAAACUAUUUCUUCAACUCAAGUGGCUGUCUGGGUAUUUUUUACUUUUGUUUUGUUUGUUUGUUUUGUAUCUGAUGGUGGCUCUUAUAUGAAGGACUGUCAUUCUAGUGGCUUGAAUCUGUAAAAAUUGCCUUUGUUUGGUCCAAUAAACCUUUGAAUAGUUUA